AUGCCUUCGCUUAAGAUGGGCGCGGCCCAUAUGGCACUCUUUGCGCGCGACCUUGCCUCGACUGAAGCGACAUUCACAAGUUGGGACAAGUGUAUGGCCAAAUCAUACUGCAAAUGGCCUGUCAUUGUUGCGAUCAUCGUCGUUUCAGUUAUUCUCAUUGCGGUCAUAGGUUGCAUCGUUAACUGUAUUUGCUGUGGUUACCGAUGCUGCACCGCCUGUUGCGGUUGUUGCUGUCCUUCUGGACGCCGCAGGAACAAGCAACCCAAAUAUUACGAUGACCCCCCAUUGGUUCCCCCAGGCCCGACUCCUUCAUACAAUCAGUCCCCGGGAUACAACCCAGCUCCCGCGUACAAUCAGCAGCCCACAACCCCAGCACCACCAUUGUACCGUGGCGCCGUGCAGACUGCCACCUUUGACACGGCCAAAUCACCUGCAGUUAAUAUCAACGAAGAUGCGCUCCCUGAAAUGCCCACAUGGGCAAAUGCUGUCGAUAAGCACGUCGAGGACACAGAUCCCCACGAGGACGUGGAAAUGGAGGCAUUGAACCCCGCGGAUCGCAAGCAUGGCGCUGGUACGCCAUUGCAUGUCAACACGUUCGCAGACUACCCACCGGAUCGGGGUACUGGCACGAGCACACCUGCUAGUGCUGCUGGAUACCGAGGAUUUAACCCGACUGAUCCCUACGCUCGCCGCUCGCCAGCCCCUGCUGCUCUAGCGGCCACCCAGGAUCCCUAUGGCCGACGUUCGCCUGGCGUGACUUCCCCCGCAGCAGCAGCAGCUAUCGACCCGUACAAUCGGCGCUCUCCUGGCCCCGCCGCUGCUAUGGAUCCAUACGGACGUCGAUCGCCCGGUCCCGCAGCCGCAUUUGCUGCUGCUCAAGAUCCCUAUGCUCGCCGCUCCCCAGGACCCAAUGCCGCUUAUGCCCCCGCCCAGGAUCCCUAUGGCCCUCGCUCGCCUGGUCUGACCUCUCCUGUCGGUGCCGUAAGCCCAUACAACAGCCAACCAUAUGACCAGCACCAGGGCUACGAUCAACACCAGCCUUAUGACCACGUUCAGCCAUACGACGACUACAGCCCCGUCGGCGCAAACCAAAUGGCCAACCCUACCGUAGCAGCCUACAACCCACACACACACUAUGGUUCCGCUCAAAUGCAAACCCAGGACACGUUUCACAACAAUGCUGGCUUCACCCGCCAGCCGUCCUUCGGCUCAAGCCAGUACCCACCCACAUAUACUUCCCAGCCUCCAUACCGCGGUGUGUCACCCGCUCAGCCCGCGUCCCCACCGCCUUCUUUCCCUGCGCCUUCGCCGCAUGACUACCAGAGCCAUGACUACAGCGCCCAGCCCAUUGGCCAGGCCGUUAGUCCGACACAGGAAGCGAGGAAUCGCCCUCCGACUUUAUUGAUGAGUGGACGGCAACCCGCAACGAACUUCUGA